AUGGAUACCAAGCGCUGUUUCGCCAACCGCUUCGAUGACUACCAAGGCAGUCUGCUGGCCGGCCAGUGCGAGGAGGCGGUGGCACCCUUGGUCACCGCCACCAUCGAGCGCAUCCUCCAGGAGCUGCCCCCGCUCGGGGGCGGCGCCGAGGCCCGGGGGGCAGAGGCUGCGGGCAGCAGCUGCCAGUGGGGACUUUACGGCGGCUUGGACGCGUGCGCCCGCGCCGAGGAGUGGGGCGAGCCGGACGCCGACACCCGCGCAGCCUUCCUGCUCGGGGGCGCGGGCGUGUACGCCGUGGCCACGCUCGUGUACCACGCCCUCGGCCGCUCCGACUACGUGCAGCCGCUGGGCAAGUUCCGCUCUCUGUGCGCCGUCUGCUCGCCCGUCUCCUUCCUGGAGUGCGGCUCCGACGAGCUGUUCGUGGGCCGCGCGGGCUACCUGUGUGCCGCGCUGGUGCUCAAGCAGAAACUCGCCCAGGAGGUGCUUACCCCAGCACAGAUCAAGUCAAUUUGCCAAGCAAUUCUUGACUCUGGGAAGCAGUAUGCCAUGAAAAAGAGGAAACCAUUCCCCCUGAUGUAUUCUUACUAUGGAACUGAAUACUUGGGAGCAGCUCAUGGCCUGUCGUCCAUUCUCCAGAUGCUUCUUUCUUACUAUGAGCACAUCAAGCCCUCAGAUCAGGAGCUGGUGUGGCAGAGUGUGGACUUCCUCAUGGAGCAGGAACAGAACUGCAACUGGCCACCUGAGCUUGGCGAGGCCAUUGAGAGAGAGAACGAGCUGGUGCACUGGUGCCACGGCGCCCCAGGAAUUGCCUAUCUGUUUGCCAAAGCUUAUCUGGUUUCCAAGAAACCACAGUACCUGGACACAUGUAUCCGGUGUGGGGAACUCACGUGGCAGAAGGGCCUGCUAAAGAAGGGGCCUGGAAUUUGCCAUGGUGUGGCUGGCAGUGCCUAUGUCUUCCUGCUGCUAUAUCGGCUCACAGGAAACUCUAAAUACAUCUACCGAGCCCAAAGGUUUGCUGAAUUUUUAUUUACUGAGGAAUUCAAGGCCGGUUCUCGUGUCCUUGAAAGUAUAUACAGCUUGUAUGAAGGCUUCUCUGGGACGGUGUGCUUUCUGAUUGAUCUGCUGCAGCCCAAUCAGGCCGAGUUCCCUCUCUUCAGCGUCUUUGUUUAGAAGGCUCCCUCCCCACUGUGGCCCUGAAGAA